UAUUGCGUAUUUCCUAAGAUAUCUUUAAAAUAUUAUAAGAAUAUAUUAUACAUUAAAUUUUUUAGGCGCAUGUAAACUAUAUUUGAAAAUCAGUAAGAAAUACUAACGUAAAUUAAUAGUAGUCUAGUAUCAAAGGCACGCAAUUAGAAAACCUGCUUUUCAGAUGGACCAAAUGCGACGCUUAAAUGUUAAACUGAGCUAAACUUCAACCUCAGUCAAAUUGUAAUUAUUAUUAAUUGUUUUAAUUUUGUUUUUGCGAAAAAAUCGCGAUUUACAAAGCACCAUAGAUAGCUUAUGGAAGGUUUAGGUAUUAAGACACAGAUGUUUACAUAGACGUAAUAAUUUACAAUAUUUAGCAUACAUAUAUAUUUCAUGGGAAUUAGUAUUUAUUCUUUAAAAUUGUUUUCAAUGUAUUUGGCUACAAAUCCCCUUACUCAAAUGUUAUUGAAUAAUUUUUAAAACAAAAAUGGCUUACCUACCUAUGUCUAUUCACAACAACUCAAACUUUCAACCUUGAUAUAUGGUAUACUUAAAAAUUGUUUUCACAAAUUUUCUACCUAGCUUAGCCUUCACGAGCGAACAUUUACGGAAGAUGAACUCCUUUGUUUCAGAAAGCAUUAAAAAAUGCAAUUUACGUAGUAGUUUUCCAUGUAAAUACUUUCAAGGCUAUUAAGCAAAUUACUAAUUUCUAAGAUAUAUAUAUUUGUAUGUACUAUAUAUGUAUAAUAUAUAUAUAUUAUUAUGCUAGAUGUUUAUACUUUCAGUUACACUAUAUAACUUGAGUAGUGAAGUCUACAUUUUUAGCUGAAAUUUUAAUUAAUUAAGUGAAAAUUUACCAUAGUAGUGUUAGCAUCAUCAAUGAUAUCAAUAAAAUAAAAUAUACUACGAAACUAUAUCAACAUCCACUUGAAAAGAAGACUGAAGGAAGACCAGCAAGUUACCCUAAAAAGAGAACACAGGAGUCAUUCGGAAGAAAAAUCAGAAAGUAUUUAAACACUUAUUUUAAUAGAUUAAGAUUAAAUUAUUUAUUUUCUUUAGUAAGAUUUAAUUUUAAGAAAUUAUGCCUAGAUUAAAUAAAAGAUCUGUUGUACAAAGUCGACUUGAAAAUAGAAGACGUAUGCAGAUUCUUCGGGCUAACUCAUUAUAUAGAGUUAGUGAGCAAUCACAUAAUACUCAAAGCCAUGCUAAUCGCAGAUUAGAUCCAGAAGUCCGCCUGUCAGAACAAAGUAUCAAUACAGUUCAACAUAGGACAAGGCGACAAAAUCAAGAGUUUCGGUCUGCUGAGCAAAGUAUAAAUACUGUUCAGCAAAGGUCUCGGCGGGAAGAUCCCGGAAUAAGGUUAGCUGAACAAAUCAUAGAUACCAAUCAGCAUAGAACCCGGCGACAAAAUCCUCAAUUUCGCUCUGAAGAGCAAAGUAGGAAUACCCGAGAACAUAGGUCUCGGCGGGAAAACCCAGAGCUUAGGUCUGCUGAGCAAAGUAUAAAUACUGUUCAGCAUAGGUCUCGGCGGGAAAACCCAGAGCUUAGGUCUGCUGAGCAAAGUAUAAAUACUGUUCAGCAUAGGUCUCGGCGGGAAAAUCCCGAAAUAAGGUCAGCUGAACAAGUCAUAGAUACCAUUCAGCAUAGAACCCGGCGACAAAAUCCUCAAUUUCGCUCUGAAGAGCAAAGUAGGAAUACCCGAGAACAUAGGUCCCGGCGGGAGAACCCAGAUCUUCGGUCUGCUGAGCAAAGUAGAAAUUCAAGGCAACAUAGAAUUAGACGCCAAAACCCUAUUAUUCGGUCAAAUGAGCAGUCUCAUAAUACCAUAGUACACCGAGAACUUAGAAGAAAUCCUAACUAUAGACAUUUAGAGCGCAUACGUGAUCAAACACAAAGAGAACGUUCGAGAAGAAAUCCUGAAACAAGGAGAGAGGAACGUUAUAGAGAAACGCAACGACGACAGCUUAUCAGGAGGGGUGCAAGGGAACAAAUUUUAAAUCAGAGACGUCAACAACAAAAUCAGGUCCGUAUUCAUAGAGAAAACUUGGCAUAUAGGCAAAUUCAAAACGAAAGGCAGUCCCAACGAAAUAUAUUAAACAGAGAAAAUAAUGCCUCUGAUAUUUUUGCAAAUGGUGGCAUUUCAAGAGAUUUUCGAAGCAUUUAUUUUGAAAAUAUAAAGAAAGGUCCCACCGAAAUAUGUAUUUGCUGUGGGGGAUUAUGGUUUCCACAUCAAGUACGCAAGUUAAAUUUCGGAACUAUAACUCAAGUUCACCCAGAUGCUUCAUCUGCUUUCUUUUUAAAGCAAAAGUUUCCUUCUGAAGAUGGAAACUACAACUUUUGCUUAACUUGCAAAAAUGGGAUUACCAAAAAUAACAUACCAAAAAUAUGUUUGUUAAAUGGUCUAGACUUUCCGGAUAUACCAGAUUGUUUAAAAAAUUUAACCCCUAUUGAAGAAAGGCUAAUAAUGCCUCGAUUGCCUUUUAUGACCAUUCGUCCUUUGGGAUAUCAAGGCCAAAGUUCGAUUAAAGGUGCCGUUGUCAAUAUACCUAUUUCUGUUAAUAAUGUUGUGACAUCUCUACCGAGGACUUUUGAUCAAACUCAUGUGAUACAAAUUCACUUAAGAAGACGUAUGGAAUACAAUCAUGAUUAUAUGACUGAUACCAUACGGCCUGCGAAGGUUAUGGAAGCUUUGCGAUUCUUAGUGAAUACUCCUCUGUAUCGUGAGCAUAAUAUACACAUAAAUGAGAAUUGGAUUUCAGGCUUUAAUAACCAAGAAGAAGUUCCCUUUGUUGCAUCUGCUGAAGAUGAUAGAUUGGUUCAAUCUCUUUAUGAGGAACAGACUUCCCAUAAUAAUCACUCAGACAUUCCCAUAGCACCUGUACCUGCAGAACUAAACCCAGGUGGUCAAGAGACUCUUUUAGACAAUAUUCCUGUAGAAAACAUGGAAUAUAACCGUUUAGUUAUAGCGCCAGGGGAAGGUCAAAGGCCAAUUGACAUGGUUCAAGAUAAUAAUUCGGAAGAAUUGUCAUUUGGAACAAUAUACGUUGGGCAGAAACGUACAUGCUCUGAAACAUAUAGUAAGAUAGUACGUUCCGAAAUUCGCCGCUUUGACCGCAGAGCGUGUACCAUUCCAAAGUUGUUCUACGACUAUAAAAAAUUAGAAUUACUGCAAAUUAAGAAUAGUACAUCCAUUUGCCUUCGAAAGUUUUCUGGUCCUAACCGUGUUACGGCGCAAAAUGUAUUAAAUGAAAACUUUGUUCAAAACUUGAUUCAACAUGAUGACGGUUACAAAGUUUUGAAAGGUGUUAGAUCCUCUCCUGCUCACUGGGAAGCUGAGAAAAAAAAAGCAAUUGCAAUGAUUCGCCAAUUUGGGCUUCCAACCUUUUUCAUAACUCUAUCGUCUGCUGAAUCUCAGUGGGUUGAGCUGUUGGUUAUUCUGUCGAAAACUGUUGAUUCAAAAGAUAUUUCACAAGAAGAAGCCAACAUUUUAUCAACCCAAGAUAGAUAUCGCUUAAUCCGCUCAGAUGCGGUUACUUGUGCUAGAUAUUUUGAUUACCGUUACCGGCAAAUCCUUAAACUUUUUAAAGAUAAUACCGGCAUUUUUGGAACACAUUUUGUAAAAAACUAUUACUGGAGAGUAGAGUUUCAACAGAGAGGUUCUCCGCAUAUACAUGGCAUGUAUUGGCUUAAUAAUGCUCCCAAGUUCAACCUUCAAAAUCCUGAGACAUUCUCCGAAGUCAUUGAUUUCAUUGACACUUAUGUUUCAACAGAUGGUUCAGUAAGCCACUUGGAACAUUAUUUAGAUUAUCAAAAGCAUAAUCACAGUCGGUCGUGUACUAGAGAAAUAAGAGGACAACAAUUUUGUCGUUUUGGUAUACCAUAUCCACCAAUGCCUUGCACACAAAUAUUGCUUCCUUUUCCAGACACAACCCAAGAUUUGGAAAGGCAUAAGGAAAACUUUUCUAGAAUUCAAAAUGUUUUAAAUUCAACUCUGACUACAGAAGAUAUAUCGAAUUUAGAUAAUUUUGAAUAUUUCUUGAGCGAUAAUAGAAUAAACAUGUCUUUUGAUGACUAUUUGCUAGCUCUGAGAUCAAGCUUAUCGAAACCUAAAAUUUUUCUGAAAAGAAAAAUUAAAGAUCGAUUUAUAAAUGCUUAUAAUCCUCUUAUUUUGGAACUCCAUAGGGCUAAUAUGGAUAUCCAAUAUAUACUGGAUGCAUAUGCUUGCUGUUCCUAUAUAAUUAAUUAUAUUAACAAAUCGAACAGAGGAAUUUCUAGGCUCUUAAAUGAAGCUAUAUCAGAAGUAAAUGCCGGAAAUUAUACAAUAAAGCAAAAACUUCAACAUAUAGGUUAUAAAUUUAUAUCAGGCACGGAAAUAUCUGCACAAGAAGCUGUUUAUUGCUGCAUUGGGCUUCAUCUUUCGGAAGCUAGUAAUGGAGAAAUAUUUAUAAAUACCUCACGACCGGAGGAACGUGUUCGAAUGGUAAAACCUAGGGCGGAACUUCAGAACCUUCCUUCAGACUCUACUGAAAUAUUUGUAGCUGGUAUUUUAGACCGUUAUGUGCAGCGGCCCGAUCAGUUAGAAACUGUUUGCUUAGCAGAUUUUGCAUCUAUGUUUAAAUUUGUGAAAUCCAAUAGAAUAGUGCAAGACAGUGAUCAUGAAGAAGAAGAGAGGGAAGAUAAUAACGUACCAGAUAUUGGGGUACCCAUUGCACUAAGAGACGGUAGCGGUUUUGUUAAAAAACGUACCAAACCAAUUAUUAUUCGGUACAGAAGGUUUAGUCCUGAUGUGACCAAAGAUGAGUAUUUCCGCGAAAUGGUAAUGCUUUUCUAUCCAUGGCGGAAUGAACAGCAAGAUCUUAUUGAAAAUGAUAAUGAGCUAACUUGUAAAGGGUGA